AAAUAAAAAAUAAAGAAAAAAAAAUCAGUCGUUCUCGCUCUCUAGUUCUCUCAUACCACACUGUUAUAGAAAUCCUUUCUCUGCAACUCCUUUGUCUUAAAGAAGAAGAAACAAUCUCUCUGUCUCUUCUGUUCUCUCCCUGUGCGUAUAUCUUCGAUAGCUUAAAGCGUGAAAGCUUAUAAAAAACACAAUGUUAUUCGCUUUUGUGUAUCAAGCCAUGUGAGCUUACUGACAUAUUCUCUCAUUUUCUUCUUCUUCUUCUCUCUUCUACUUUCUUCUUUUACAUUAUUCUACCGAGUCAUCACAGGGCUCGCUAGGUCGAAUUAAUGGCAUCGUCGUCUCGGGCACGCAGUAGCUCGCCGUUCUCGUAUCGUAAACCCUCCAGUCCUUACUCGUCCACUUCCUCGUAUUCGUCUAUCUCCAGUAACAAACUAAUGCCUCGCUCGUGCUCUUCCACGGCCUCCUCGUACUUCAACUCUGGAGGACGAUCCAUGACUCCGAGUCGUAGCCGCUCCGAUUCAAUGUACGGCGGUCCACCCGGAUCCAAUACUCCCGCGCUAGUAGGUUACGGCGCCGAGGAGCCGAUUGCAGUGCCACUUGACGCGCCGCGGAAUGGAGAUAGCAUCUCGGUGACGGUUCGCUUCAGACCGAUGAAUGAGAGGGAGUUUCAAAGAGGAGAUGAAAUCGCUUGGUAUGCGGAUGGGGAUAAGAUCGUGAGGCAUGAGUAUAAUCCCGGAACGGCUUAUGCGUUUGAUAAAGUUUUCAGUCCUCAAACACCUUCUCCGGAGGUAUAUGAAGUAGCUGCUAAGCCUGUAGUCAAGGCUGCAAUGGAAGGCGUUAAUGGGACUGUUUUUGCCUAUGGUGUUACGAGUAGUGGAAAGACACACACUAUGCAUGGGGAUCAAAAUUCUCCAGGGAUCAUACCUUUGGCCAUAAAGGAUGUUUUCAGCAUUAUUCAAGAUACUCCAGGAAGCGAGUUUUUACUACGUGUCUCAUAUCUGGAAAUUUACAAUGAGGUGAUAAACGACUUGCUUGACCCAACAGGUCAAAAUUUGCGUGUCAGAGAAGAUGCACAGGGAACUUAUGUUGAGGGUAUGAAGGAAGAAGUGGUUUUGUCUCCUGGGCACGCACUUUCUUUCAUUGCUGCUGGGGAAGAGCAUCGUCAUGUUGGCUCAAAUAAUUUUAAUCUGUUCAGCAGCAGAAGUCACACAAUAUUUACACUGAUGAUUGAAAGCAGUGCCCAUGGUGAUGAAUAUGAUGGAGUAAUCUUCUCUCAACUUAAUUUAAUUGAUCUAGCUGGAUCUGAAAGUGCGAAGACUGAAACUAUUGGAAUAAGGAGAAAGGAGGGAUCAUACAUAAAUAAGAGUCUUCUGACCCUUGGAACUGUAAUAGGAAAGCUAAGUGAAGGGAAGGCAUCUCAUGUUCCAUACCGCGAUUCCAAGCUUACCCGCCUUUUGCAAUCUUCAUUAAGUGGGCAUGGACAUGUUUCGCUUAUCUGCACUGUAACUCCUGCAUCUAGUAGCAUGGAGGAAACUCAUAAUACAUUAAAGUUUGCUAGUAGGGCAAAACGGGUUGAAAUCUAUGCAUCGCGUAAUAAGAUCAUUGAUGAAAAGUCUUUGAUCAAAAAGUACCAAAGAGAAAUCUCGAGUUUGAAAGAAGAGUUAGAUCAGCUAAAGACGGGAAUGCUUGUUGGUGUCAGUCAUGAGGAGCUCAUGAACUUAAGGCAAAAGCUGGAGGAAGGUCAAGUCAAGAUGCAGUCAAGGUUGGAGGAAGAAGAGGAAGCCAAGGCUGCUUUAAUGAGUAGAAUUCAGAGGCUAACGAAGCUCAUACUUGUUUCUACAAAGAAUUCAAUCCCUGGAUGUUUGAAUGAUAUGUCCAGUCAUCAAAGGAGCCAUUCUGUUGGAGAGGAUGAUAGGUUGGAUCUUUUGAAACAGGGCUCACUACUAGUAGAAGGCGAAAAUCAGAAAGAUUCUCCAUUGUCUGCUUCAGGAGUUCCAUCAGAUCCAUCUUCUGACUUCAAACACAGAAGGUCUUCCAGCCGGAGAAACGAUGAAUUCUCCCCAGCUAGCAGUACAGUCACUGAUACUCAAGUGGGUGAACUUAUAGUUGGUUCAAGACUACCAGCCGGUGGUAUGAGUUCAGAUCAAAUGGAUCUUAUUGCUGAGCAAGUUAAGGUACUUUCUGGAGAAAUUGCAUUCAGCACUAGUACCCUUAAGCGCCUUGUGGAGCAGUCAGUAAACUAUCCCGACAGCUCAAAAACUCAGAUCCAGAACUUGGAACGUGAGAUUCAGGAAAAAGGGAAGCAAAUGCGAGUUUUAGAACAACACAUCAUUGAAAGUGGUGAGGCUUCCAUUGCUAAUGCAUCAUUGGUUGAUAUGCAGCAGACGGUUAUGAGAUUGAUGACACAGUGUAAUGAAAAGGCUUUUGAGCUGGAGAUAAAAUCUGCUGAUAAUCGUAUCCUUCAGGAACAACUGCAGAGUAAGUGUACUGAGAAUCUGGAAUUGCAAGAAAAAGUCACACUUUUGGAGCAGCAGCUGGCUUCGGUUGCCGGCGAUAAAUUGCUCCUUGCUCCUCAACAGAGUGUUUGUGAUGAUUAUGUUGACGAGUUGAAAAAGAAGGUUCAGUCUCAGGAGAUUGAGAAUGAAAAACUGAAGCUGGAACAUGUUCAGCUUUCAGAGGAGAACAGUGGGUUGCACGUGCAGAAUCAGAAACUAGCUGAGGAAGCAUCUUAUGCAAAGGAACUGGCCUCUGCUGCUGCCGUUGAACUGAAGAAUUUGGCUGGUGAAGUGACCAAGCUUUCGUUGCAAAAUGCAAAACUGGACAAAGAGUUAUUGGCUGCUCGAGAGCUAUCACAUUCUCGAGGUGGUGCAAUGCAACCUCUUAAUGGCGUUAACCGCAAGUAUAGCGAUGGCAUCAAAUCAGGGAGGAAGGGGCGGCUCUCUGGUAGAACUAACGAGAUUCCAGGAUUCGCCUCUGAUGACUUUGAAUCAUGGAAUCUUGAUCCAGAUGAUUUGAAGAUGGAACUGCAUGCAAGGAAACAACGGGAAGUGUCACUUGAGGCGGCCUUAGCCGAGAAGGAAUUUAUAGAAGAUGAAUACAGGAAAAAGAUUGAAGAGGCAAAAAGAAGGGAGGAAGUUUUGGAAAAUGAUUUGGCGAAUAUGUGGGUAUUGGUUGCCAAGUUAAAGAAAGAGGGAGUCGCUGCUCCUGAGAACACUGACGAGAGGCAAGAUGAUGGGAAUGAUCGAUUCAGGCAUUCAAAAAUAAAUGGCAUUGAUAGUAAUGCCGUCCAGAAACAAAGUCAAAUAUCAGAUGUGGCGAAACCAAUGCAGGAAAUUCCAAAGGAUGAGCCCCUCGUUGUUCGCCUCAAGGCAAGAAUGCAAGAGAUGAAGGAAAAGGAACUCAAAAUCAUGGGAAAUGGAGAUGGAAAUUCCCACAUGUGUAAAGUGUGCUUCGAAUCGCCUACUGCAACAAUUCUUCUCCCCUGUCGACAUUUUUGUUUAUGUAAAUCAUGCUCACUUGCUUGUUCUGAGUGUCCAUUUUGUCGCACAAAGAUAGCAGAUAGACUUUUUGCGUUCACUUCAUGACAGUGCCGUAAGGCAGCCUGAGGGUGUCAUUGUUAUCCUGUUGUUGUAAUCCAUACAACCGCAGGUGUAUUCUUUUAUUAGUUCACAUGUAUUUAAACUGUCUAAAAGGGUAUACCAAUGUAUUGUUUUUGUACCUCUCCCCUAGGUGUUGUAAAAUAAGGGGAAUUUAAGUUGAAAAGACGGAGAAAACUGUCAUAUGUUUGGCUGUGUACAGAAAUGAUAUACGUUUUUUUUGUAAUGAGCAAUUUUCCCUUCCGUACU